GCGGCCGUGCGGGCUGUGUUUUGCACGGGCACAAGAGCCCAUUCAUUUGAAUGGACUUCUGUGCCCGUGACACACAGGGAAAGAAGUCCCUGCACUUCUUUUAAAAAUGCAGCCCACACGGGAACCUUGUUUCCCAGUAUGGUUGCUUUUCCCAGUGCGGGCGGCGUGCCAUUAGAACUAAUGGCACCCGCCCGCAGGUCCGCAUUUCUCUGUGCGGGUGGUGCGGCUGCACGGAUUUUCCUGCGGAUCCGCAGCGGCACCACCCACACAGAUGUGAACCUAGGGUAAAGGUCCAAUUCCCCCACCACAGCAAUUGUACUUUUAUGAUAGCUAGGUG